AUGUUCACGUAUUUUUUCUCACAAAGAAGGAAUGAGAAGGCUUUAUUUGAUGUUCACUCUGUGAUUAAUUGCACUGUUUUAGAGUUUGCUUUAGAAAAUGGAAUUCAUGUAAAUGUGGACAAUUAUCAAGAACUUGAGAGAAUAACAGCUAUAAUAAAUGAUCAAGGGUAAGUCUGGGUAAUUUUAUCAGCUGGGUGGUGAUAUGAGAACGAUUGGAUCAAUAUCAGUAUCUGGCCAACUGCCCACAUACCCCUCCCCUAACUCAACAACAGUCAAUUGACAACAAGUUGAGGUUAAUGUUGGGUUAGGGGAGGGGUAGGGAAUUACGGUCAACUCGCCGACGCCAACUUGCCGACGUAUAAAAUCGAGUAGAGACGUCGGCGAGUUGGUCCUCAAUCCAAUACAACUUAUUAGAAGUUAAACAUACAGAAAAGUAAACGAUAUUUAGUAAAAAAAACACUGGCGAACAUUGGUGAACAUCAAACAGAAGCUUAAACAUUGGUGAACAUUGGUGAACAUCACCAAUGACUAUAACAGCUUAAGACGCGAACGAGUUAGACAAGAUCUCUGGUAAAAAGCAAUUCUUUCUAUUUGCAACAAAGUUCAUAAGGAUCUCAAGGCGAAUAAAGCGAAGUAAACAUCACCAAUGACUCUAACUGCUUCAGACGCGAACGAGUUAUUGUGUGACAACAACACUGUAAAGACUCAUCAUGUCAAUCGGUCAGAUUUUUUAAGAAAACUUGGCGCUCUAGACAAGAUCUUUAGUAAAAAGAAAUUCUUUUUAUUUGCAAUAAAGUUUAAAGGGAUUUCAAGGCGAAUAAAGUAAAGUAAACAUUGCCAAUGACUAUAUCCGCUUUAGACGCGAACAAUUUAUUGUGUGACAACAACACCGUAAAGACUCAUCAUGUCAAUCGCUCGGAUUUUUUAAAGAAAACUUGGCUUUCUAGGCAAGAUCUUUGGUAAGAAGCAGUUCUUUUUAUUUGCAACAAAGUUUAUAAGGAUCUCAUGUCAAUCGGUCUUAUUUAUUUAAGUCAAGUCGCUUGGUAAAAAGUCAACGCACAAACGGUGGUGUUGUCACACAAUAAUUAUCUCGUUCGUGUCUGAAGCGGAUAUAGUCAUUGGCGAUGUUUACUUUGCUUUAUUCGCCUUGAGAUCCUUAUAAACUUUGUUGCAAAUAAAAAGAAUUGCUUUUUACUAAAGAUCUUGUCUAGAAAGCCAAGUUUUCUUUAAAAAAUCUGAGCGAUUGACAUGAUGAGUCUUUACGGUGUUGUUGUCACACAACUCAUUCGCGUCUAAAGCCAAUUUUGUUCAUUGGCGAUGUUUACUUCGCUUUAUUCGCCUUGAUAUCUUUAUAAACUUUGUUGCAAAUAGAAAGAAUUGCUUUUUACUAAAGAUCUAGAAAGCUAAGUUUUCUUAAAAAAAUCUGAGCGAUUGACAUGAUGAGUCUUUACGGUGUUGUUGUCGCACAAUAACUCGUUUGCGUCUUUAGUUGUUAUAGUCAUUGGUGAUGUUCACCAACGUUUAAGCUUCUGUUUGAUGUUCACCAAUGUUCACCAGUGUUUUUUUUUUUUACUAAAUAUCGUUUACUUUUCUGUAUGUUUAACUUCUAAUAAGUUGUAUUGGAUUGAGGACCAACUCGCCGACGUCUCUACUCGAUUUUAUACGUCGGCGAGUUGGCGUCGGCGAGUUGGCGUCGGCGAGUUGGCGUCGGCGAGUUGGUCCGUCGGCGAGUUGACUGGAUACCGGGGUAGGUGGGCAGUUGCCCAGAUACUGAUAUUGAUCCAAAUGAUUUAUCAUUAGUAUUGUAUUUCACAAGUAUCCUAUUUAAAUAAUUAUACUACAUGGAUUGUUCUAGAGAUUCUCCUCUAAGAAUAAUUUGAAAUUAGUAAUGCAUUUCACAAGUAUCCUGUUUAUACAUAUUGGGUGGAAUGAGCUGUAGAAAUAUUAAUCAAUCAGUAAAUGGAGUGAAAUUGGAUCAGUUUGGCACAGAGGGGUUGAGCAUAGAGGUGCCAUGUAAAUCACAAGGGUGAAAGGGUGGGCAAUAAUAGCUCAGCUACUUUUUCUCAGAGAACUGAGCUGAAUAAAUCCUUGUGGAACUUUAAGUUGUUAUUUGUAAAGAUAUUAUAAAGAAGUUAUCACAUAGAUAUUUCAUAAUGAAGGUGGUAGACUUCUUGGAUUUUUUUUAGAGAUUUCUUCUGUUUUUGAUCAUGACUUUUUUAAUAAGUUUUCCACUCUAGUUAUUUCUCAUAAUAAGAUUCUGGAAGAGUUGAACUACCACUAGUCAUUUCAUGCUACAGAACCUGAUAAAAGCUCCAGCUGGAUGAGUCACUGUUUUCUUUUUCGCUAAUCAUUUUGAAGAGUUGUAAUCGGACAGUGUAAUCAGACAGUUGGCUAUAAUUGGACACAGGUAAUUGGACAGUUGAAGCAGCCAAUCUCACUAGGUCUACCCGGCUAAACCCACCAAUCACAGAAUUGACCACAAUAACCAUAGCAACAACCAUUUAUCCUUAGAAAAAGUGGGGAAUUUCCAAAAUGGAGGAAUUUUUAACUUUAAACAUCAUCUCUUUUGGAGAUAUUUGUUGUAGAUGUAUUUUUUUUUUCGGAAAAUUGUUAUGGUUAUGAUUAAAUGGUGACGGGACUUUGUGUCUUCCAAUUCUGUCACUCUGUAAUCAUGCUCGUGACUGACAAAUCAGACUCCCACUUUGUGGUUGUCCGACUUUUAAUAAUUACUUGUAUGAUUACAGACUGAAUUGGACUCCACUCAGUCCUAUUGCCAUUAUUAAUAGAAAUAAAAUGAACUAGCUGGGGGAUACAAGGCUGUCAAAGAGACUGGAGUAAGUGGACUGUGAUCCAGAGUAUGCAACACAAUAUCAUGCUUCCAUGCUGAAAAUUGAGCCACCAAUGGUAAUAUUUUUGUUUUAACAGCCCUUUUAUUGGAGGGAAAAUGUAUGCAAUAGUGGAAUUUAUAUAUUUAUUGAGAUUUUCUUGACAUAUAUCCUUUUGUAUUCUUUGGUGUGGUAGACAAACAAAAUCAUCAGUUGGAAUAAGAUUGAAACCUGUUCUUGGGGUUGGUGCUGUUAAAGCUCUAAGGUGAGCAACAUGUUAGUAACUAAAAUUAGAUGAAAAAUGUAAAUAAUUAUGAUCAAUGUUGCUGACUGUGUAACAUUACUUUGACAAAAUCGUUUAAUAUCAUUGUGUAUAUGUUGUUUGGUUGAUUUGUUGAUUUUUUCUGUUGUUAUUUUUUUUUUUGUAUGUUUGUUCUAUAAUGUAUUUGAUAUUGAGUUCUGUAAAUUUCUUUAAUUUAGUACAUGUACAGCAGAUUCAAAGUUUGGAGUCCAGGUGAAUGCAACAAGAUUAAUAUAACACAUCUGUAGAAGAAUACCAUUUUUGAUAAUUUUUUAACAACAGUAGGAAAUUGGGGUUUUCCCUUCCCCCUUUGAAUAAUUGUGGUGAUGAACUUCUUGAGGUGUAUAUGAAUGUAUGUAGAAUAGUGCACUGCACAACCUUGAAGUGUUGUUAUAUGACCAGUUCAUGCAUCAAUCUUCUUGCUGAUGUACUGUUGUCCCCUUAACUCCCAGGAUAUGAUUACUUGGUAUUAUUUCUCCCCUCUAGUUGUUACACAUUUCCUUAAACAUUUGGUAGGAGAAUUUGGUGUUAGAUCAACAAAACACUCACUACCUGAGAAGUUUGAGUAUACGUAUUACCUAUUUGGUGGAUAUCGUAUGGAUACAUUUAUUACAGGGAAAAGUUAUGUGUCAAUCAGUUCUUGGAUUAAAAGGGUUCAGAGAAAAAAUAUAAUCCAUGAAGAGACCAUGAGACACAAGAGAAUCACACUGCCAUUUUGUGCCAGUGAUGAUGGUAACAACUCAAAAAAUAAAUCUAUGUUAAAUUGUAAAUAUUGUUUUUGAGCAGCUGACAGAUUCAUCAAAAGAAGAAAUCAUCGGCUGGUAUUUGGAUCGCCCCUGGUUAACAGCAGUUCAUAUACAUAUUGGGUCCCAGGUUUGAAAUAAUUUGUGGAUAUACAUACUGUUACAACUAAGUAAACUUACUGUAAAGCAAUUUAUUUGGCUGUCAAGUAGAUUUUUGACUUGUAAAAUAGUAUUUUCUUAAACUGAUAAAAUUAAAGGUGGUCUCUCAAUUACAAUGAAUGGUAAAAGUCUUGGCAUGCUCUACUUAAUCAUGUGCUUUUGAAAUUUCUUCUUUUACCCUUUACUCCCUAACAUGAGUGUGCAUACUCCCCAUGCAACUCCUUAAGCAUUUCCAAGGGUUCUGACAAGGAGAAUUUGUUCAACAAUCAAUAGUUUCUUUAGUUGGUGAUCAUAUCCUUUAUUCUCAUGACCUUAAUGUUUGAUUCAGAGGUGAUAUUGUAAGGAGAAAUUAGAUGCUAGACACUUUUAGGGGUUAAAGGAGUAACUUUCAUAUAUUUCCCCCUCCUCGAUCUCCCCUAUUUCGAUGUUGCCUGGUGUUAACAAAGUGCUCACUUAUUUAAGGCAGCUUUGUUUUGUUUCCAUCUGAUUUCAGAGUUAUGACUGUAGUGAUCUUACCUGUGGUGUUAAAUGUGUUGUUGACUUUGCUUUGGUAAGGACAUAUCAUCAUCUAAAUAAGUAUUCUCUGCUUCUAAAGUUAUACAUGCACUGUUGUUCCCAUGGUAACAUGCACCUAUUUUUUGGCAAAGCGUCCAGUAGUAUAUAAUAUCCCAGCUAUUUCAAUCAAUCAAUCAAUCAAUCAAUCAAGCCUUUACUUCAAAACAAUGAUUGUUAAUGCUGUAAAGCUUGUGGGGUCAUUUCAGGUCUAUUUCAUUCUACUUCCAAUGGUAUUUGGCAAAUAAUGUUUAAAACUUUUUUCAAAAAACUGAAGACAGUGCUAUCUGUGUCUUUCCUACUUUUUUAUUAACUUUAACAUAAAUUCUGGAAUAUUAACAAUUUUUUGAGGAGUUUCUUCAAAUGCAUUCAUAUAACUCUAGAAAAUAUUGUAUUAUAAUGAUUGUGUAACAUUUUGCUCUCUCGUCAAUUUGUUUAUUAACCCUUUUAAUUCCCAAGAUCUGAUAGUUAAUUCUCCUCUCUAGCUGCUGGAGUAUCCUCAUAACCUGUUUGCUGAUGAUGUAUGGAUAUUGUAGACAGAAGUUACAUCUUUAUCACUUCUGGGAGGUGAAGGGUUAAAUGAUAAAGCACAUGGAUUUUUUCUUCUACUCAGUCCAGUGGACUGUGUAUCACUUGAGUAAUAUGAUCACUAUAUUUUCAUGUUCUGUUUUUUUUUUUAAGGAAGUGAAUGGAAGAUUAGGAAAAAAACAGAUCCACACUAUUGAUAUUGGUGGAGGAUUACCUGUAAGUUUCUACCUGAAAAUAAUAAUGGUAUAAAUGGUAACUGAGUAUUUCAACUUUGCAGCCCUCGAAUUCAAGUGUUUGAAUGUCAAUUUGAUACUGCAUACAGGCUAACUUGGAGGAUGACACUACUCGACCAUCAUUUCAAGAUUAUGCAGAGACCCUGAAAGUAAGUAUUGUUGUGUGUGAAAUAAGUUCCAUGAAUUAAUUAUUCAAUUUACUCUUGAAUACAUGGCAAAUUUCCAGCACAAAUUGUAAUGUAGUUUACUUAAUUUAAACUUUUUGUGCUUUUUCUUACCGUGAAUUAAGCUAUCUGUCAGUCUGGUAUAACAUUUGUUUUUGCAAAUCUAAUUCUAUAUUACUUAAUUCAAUAAGAAAUUUAUUAAUAUUCUCAUUUGGUGGAAAAUAAAGUUUAGUUUGGUCAAACAAUCCAUUUUAAACACCUUAGGUGAAAGGAAGCAUUAGAUUGAACUCAUUUGGUUGUCUGUUGGUUUUGAGAUUAGUUGGAUUUUUCUGAAAUGAAUGUGUUGAGCAUAAUGUACCUAUCAAUGGUUUACUUCAGGACUGGCGGGGGGAGCAACCUUAGGGAAAUUUGAUGUUUUCAGGUUUUCAAAAGUAAAUUUUCUUUCCUUUGGGUUUCCAUUGUAUGUUAAAAUUCCAUCUCUGGGAACCAAAGAUGUUGUAUACCAAUUUCACAACAGAUUUGGUCAGGUGACUUCCAAGAUGUUAGAUGUAAUUUAUUUCCAGUUUUCCUUCCAAGAUGGUGGUUAGGUCAAAAUGCCAACCAUAAUGCAUUGUGCAAAUGUCCAUUAAUCCCUUGCCAAGUGGCAUCCUCUCAGUCAAUCUCAUCUAUAGGGGAAUAAAUAAAAAUCUGCAGAGUUAAUCUUCACUGUCUUCUGGGCAACAUCUUUAGUUGAUGAAUGAUACAUGAACCAAUCUGAGAAAUUUAGCCAGUUUCAGGCACCCAGUUUGUAAAAGGGACUCAAAGAAGGGUGAACCUCCCCCUCCUCCUCCUCCCCCCAAUAAAUAUUAUUUAUUUGCUCACUGAUGUUAGUAAAAAUAAUUUUAUUAGAAAGAAGUUCCAGAACUUUUCCCUAGCUAUGGGGCUUUCAAGAAAGUAAUUACAGAAUUUGGCCAAGCAUUUAAUGCGAAGGUACUGUAUUAACAGAUGUGAUUUAAAUGUUAAACUAAAACUUUUUGUUUUGGUUUUUUUUUUUUUUUGUUUUUUUACCCGACGAAUUACACCAAGAAGCAGGGACAUUAGCCAAAACCUGUGGCUGAGAAGGCAACAGUAUUCCAGACAUAUUGGGUCAAAUCUUUAGGUCAUCUUUGGGAUAUAUUAACAAUAUCUUUGGAAAUAUUUGAAACAUGUACAGAAAAGUUUGGACUUCUGUGGGUUUGAUUAGGUUCUCCAUGAAUUAUGCUGAUUACAUGAGAAUUAACAAUUCAUGAAUUUGAAAUAAUGUUUCUUACUCUUUCCUGACGAGAAGAAUUGUUGUUUUGUUUAGUUUGACUGCAUUUUUUAUUUUCUGUUAGGCUGGCUGGCUGGUUAGUCGAGUGGAAUACACAAAGAAGGCUUCAGAUAACCUAAAAAUAGUUCUUAUACAUUUUGGAGCGGUAUGUUGUGCUAAUAAUAGGAAAUUGACAUAAAUUAUGGAAUCACCAAGAAAUCGUCAGGCCGUAGAUGACUUAGUGGGUAUAAUUGGAGCUGGUCACAACUUUGUCAGUUAAAUCUGUUUUUAGUCCUGCAUAGCUAUGCAUAGAUUUAUGGCCAUCGAGCUUCUUGCUUGGGCCAUAAAUCCUAUCUUCUCUAGAUUGUAUCUUUAUUUGGUUUUUUGUUUUGAAGUAAUUAUAUUAAUCCUAAAACUGUCAUUAAUGUGAUGAAAUACCCUUGUGUUAAUAGGAUAUGAUGAUGAGGACGUGUUAUUGCCCUAACGUCCAGAAAUACCAAGUAGGUGCAUUAUACAAAUAUAACAGUACCCAAUUUUCAGUUUGGUCGGGCAGCUUUACAUGUAAAGCCUGAUCUUGAAGUAUUCUUUUUUUGGCAGAGACGAGUUGAAGUUUUUAGCGAGGAAGGACAAUUAAAAGAAGGAGAGGUAUGUACACGUAGUUGUAAGUUAACUGCUGAAAAAAAUCAUAACAAAGAACUGAAGAUCGAUUACAUUUUGAUUAGAACCUUUUUGGUAGCCAAAUAAUUACGUACAAAAGUUAUACAGUUAUGAAGCUUUUUAAAUCCCAGUCGUUUUAACCCUUUAAACCCUAAGAGUGACCAGCUUCUUAUUUCUCCUCACCAUAUCACCCCUGAAUCAAACAUUAUGGUCACGAGAAUCAAGGAAAUGAUCACCAACUAAAAAAGCUCUCGAAUGUUAAACAAAUUAUCCUUGUCAACGCCCAAGAAUUGUACAGAGAACAGUACGGAGAAUGUGCUUAAUUAAACUUUCAAGACACAGUCAAACCUCCACUGACCGUCAUCUCAACGCCCCACAUCACUUCACUCUUGUUUUAGCCAUUCUUCAAUGGCCAUCUCUCCGUAAGGGCAGUGACAAGGAAAGAAAUUGAACAACAAGUUGAUGUUUUUCCGCGUUUCGGUACGGAGUUAACAAUUCACGUGCACUGAAUGUGACGUGCGGAAAGCAUAAUUUAAGAUAGGAAAGAAUGGCUGUGAGGGAAGGUUUUACGCCACAAUCGGGACUUAUCUGUGAACUUAUUGAUGUAGUUAGUUAAUGAAACUUUUCAUUUGUCAGGGAAAAGUCAGGGAAUUUAAGAAACUUUUAGCUGUCGCAACAAACCAUAGGUUUCAAAUAGAACUAACCAUCAGGAGUUAGAUAUGUCUUUUCUUAUAGACUCUUUUUUAUGACCACAGAGAAUGCGCUAUAAUAUUGCCGGCCCUCUGUGCUUUUCUGGUGACGUAGUAAAGCGAGAUGUACUUCUUCCGACGGUAAGUCACAAGUUAUGUAAAAUAAUUGGGAACUCAGAUCUGUUGACUUAGCUCUCGCUGUCUUAUUUUUAUCUUUAAAUACCAUGUAGCUUGAAAAUUUUUAUUACGAUAACACCAGAAAAGUUAAGAAAAGUGAUAAUGAUAUGAAAAAUUCUCCAAGUGUCAAGUUGUAUUUUUCAAAUUUUUGAACGUUCUCGAAGUACUACUGUAUCCAAAGAUCAUUUAUGUAACUCUCCUCGGUAUAAGCUGACAAGUUAGAAAGUUUAUUGUCAAUCAGUGCUCUGUUGCUUAUGCAAAAAAUUGCAGGAUUAGUUCCGUACGGAAAUGAUAUUCAUCUCAAAACUGGAAAACCUGGUUCUGCAAAACGUUAAACGUUACUAGUUCGUGAAAAAAUUCCCACAAAACUUUCAGUUGCAUGUUAACAAUUACACUUAAUCUUUUCUACCAUACACCUUUGAAAUUAAGGAGUGUUUCAGGUCAAGUGAGGCUCCUUUUUUCAGAUUUCUUGACACUGUUUGAAUUGUUCUUACUUAUUUUGUCGCCAAGAUCCUAAACCUGGCUUUUAAUUUGUGACAAUGUCCUCUAAAUAUGGAUUAAACGAAUUGGAAACUGUUAUAUAGUACUUAGUUUCUCUAAAGUGAUGGAAAUUUAAUACACAGAAGUGUGCGUCUACCAGUCUGAUGUAAAAUGCAACUAUUUAAGUUAACAAAGUUGUCAUUUCUUAGGUUGAAGAAGGAGAUUACCUCAUUCUACAUGAUUGUGGUGCAAAUUCCCUAUCACUUUUUUCACGACAUUGCAGUCGUCAAGCACCUGCUGUUUUAGGUAGGCAUGGUCUUGAUGAUUUAAAGACCUCAAGAGUUUCACUUAUUCAUCUGUAUUACUUUACAUGGAAGAAAAAUGAACUUGUUUUGUAGAGUCCAGUGGUAGUUUCUUUAAAAGGUUGAUCUCAAAUGCUGCUCCGCAAAGUUCAAAAAAGGCAACAACAUUUGCUGUCGACGCGCGAUGGGAAAAUAAAUGUGAGGGUUGUGAAAUAAAUAAACCCCGUUUCUAGCUUGCUGGUUCGUUAGUUGAUGAUGUCCUUGGCUGAGAGAUCGUCUUCAAAAUUUCACAUCUGCUUUCGAAGCUUCGCUUCUCGGCCAAAUAUUGAUCUUUCGGACAAUCUUUCAGCCGCGCACAUUAUCAGCUGCCUGAAGGGGUUGACUUACCAACAAGUGUAAAGUUAUUGAAUUCUGCUUACUUGGUCUAGGUUAUCGUGUGCUUGAGGAUGGCAGCGUGAGCUUUGAAGUAUUAAAAGUAUGUUUAAGUUUUUCAUGAUCACAGAUAAGUUUAUCACAUAUGAAGUUUACAAGUGGCAAUUAUGAGCAAAUAAUUUUUUAUCUCUGACUAUUGUGUCACAAAUUUAGGCCUUCUUUUAGUCUUUGAUCUCAAGGUAAUCCGUAGAGGUAAAGAAAUUUACAAUGGAAUGUGGAGAUUAAUCUGGGAUUGCCUCGGGUUUGCGUUAUUUCGUCAUGUGAUUGGUCCAGAAAACGCACCCUUUUUCUGAACGAAUCACAUUGAAAACUUAACUGUGACUUAGUCGUUGUGUUACUCAGGAGUAACAUUUGAUGGUGUAGUCUGAUCGCGUGGGUGAGGGUAGUCCUAAGAACGAUUUUCCUUUGAUGAUGUCUCCGCUAAAGUUGUCGAAACGUCAUUCACUACAGCGGAAAUCAGUUCCUUCUCAGAGCUACUCCCGCGGAUCAAACUACACAAUAAAAUGAGUCCAUCACUCCCGUUUACCUGCGCCUCUGGCGGUUUUCUUGUCUUUACUUUGAGUCCUUAUUGGUUCCUUGUAAUAUUUUCGUCCUGUUCUUAUUGGCUGUUGUGAUUAUUUUGUUUGUUUUGUUUUGUAACAAUUGAAAAGAGCUUCGUUGGGGUCAGCUUCAGCUGGAAAAAUUUAGAUUGGGUAGUGUGACAUUUAGACAGAAUUGCUCAGUUAAUAGUCAUCGUUAUCCUCAUUACCCAUCUACAUCUUAUUGUAUUAAGAAGUUUUAAGGAAAAUUUUAUAGACAUUCCUCUUGCGGAGAUUUAAAUGUAUAUUUUAAAAACCUAUCAAUGGCUCUUUUGCAGAGUUAAAUUAUCCACAGGUCAAAUAAAUUUUAUUUCAUUUAUUUAUUAAAAAUUUUUAACACGAAUAUAUUAUGCUCUCCAUCUCCUCCCAAGCAGCCAAAACUAGAGCUGAUUGGUUGUCUGAUGAUUAUGACCAAAGAAUUUGUUGUUGACUUGUUAAAGCCUGUUGAACCAGUUGGCAUAACUACCAUACUGUUGUGUUUUAGGAAGCUGAAACAGUAGAUGAUCUUCUAAUAUUUUGGAAAGGUUUGUUCCCUUUCGUAACCAUUUACACGCUAAAAUCAGUAUGCAUAUACUUCAUACUGUUUUCUACGCAUUUCCUAAGGUGAUGACAAGCUGAACUGAUUUAACAAUCAAGUACUUCUUUAGUCAGUGAUCUUUUUCUUCAUUCUUGUGAUCUAAAGCAACAUAGGGCUGAUAUUUUAAGGAGAAAUUCGAAGCUAAUCACUUGUUAAGGGUCAAAGAGUGAAGUACAAUUUCAAGAAUUAAUUGACUGAUUAGUAAGUUUUUACUCAAAAUUACUUGUCGUCAGUAGGUGGUGUAAAAAUUAUUUUCAAAUUAGUGUAUGCCUAAACCUAUUUGAUGCGCUGAAGCUGUUGUAAUUGGCCAUAUUUAGCCAAAUGAAACCGCAGAAUAGCCAGUAAUAUCUCCCGUCCACAAGCCAAUCAUACGAUUUUAACACUAUCUUUUUGAAAUUGAUAGGUAGAGAAAUGUAACCAGAACCAGACAGGUGA